CAAACAAACGGGUGGAAGUACAUCUCUACGACCUCUGUUGUUAUGGAGAAAAUGGAGCCUCAAAGGAGAGUGUACAUAUCCCUCCCUAAAAAAUACAUGGCUGCUUUGGCCAAAAAGUGUAAACUGGAUCACGGGCUUUUUAUUAAGGAUCUGAUCACUAACAUAAAUGAAGGAUACCUACAAGCUUACUUCCGACAGUGGGGCAGCAUUACAGCAUGCACGAUCAAGAAGACUCCACAGGACUCUGACUCAAAGAGUGCCAGUGCUUUCGGAUUCGUGAUGUUUUCCUCUGAGGAGGAGGCAGAUACGGCAGACUGGGCGGGUCCUCACUAUAUAGGAGGAAUGGAAGUGGAGGUCAAGAGAGUUGUCAGUCUGAAGAUGGAUGACCCAGAAGGUUGAGGUCAUCCCAGCCAGGUCUAUCCGCAGACGGUCCAUGGGUCUGUUCAUCAAUUGAGCAUCUUCGAGAAUGUAUCAGAGGCCGGAUGAUACUGUACCUACAUUAUUUAAAAGAAAUCCAAACUGGAUGGGAUACAUGGAUUAUUUGUUGAAAAAUAAAUGUAGAUUAUACGUUUUUUUUUCAUAUGAUUUGGUUUGAUUGUAACAAUUUGUUUUCAGAUGUCUUACGUACCUUGAUUUACUGAUUUGUAAUGAAAUGCCAAUUGUUUUCAAUGUUGUGAACAUUAUAAGGCCUAUGUUGCAUCAUAUUCUGUUUUGUAAUUCGAGUAGGUUUAACUUUUAGUAGGAUAACCGAAGAUAUUACUAGAAAGGGACAUUUCCUAAAGAAAAUGUGUGUUUGCUAGAAGUAUUUAUGAUAGUGACAGCAGUAGUAGUAAUGAUUGAUUGAUUGAUUGAUUGAUUGCAUUUAUAGGGCCCUGUAAAUCUGCGAUAUGGACGCUGACGGAAUCCAGACAUUAAAACAGAAUUUAUCAAUGUUCAAAAAUGUAUAUAACUUAGUAAGGAUCAACAAAAUGUAGCCUAUUGAAAAUUAAUACAUUUG